AGUAAACCAACGCCCGGAAAAUUAGAGAGGACUCUCCAUUUAAACAUUUCCAAAUACAAAUCCUUAAUGUCCAUUCUUGAGCUUAAUUCAAUUGAUCAUUAGAGUGAUAUAAUCAACAUGAAUGCAACGACCAGGAAGGUAACUCAAACUACCAAUGAACAAGGUGAUCUGGAGACAAGGGUGGAUACAGUUGAGUGCAGGUCAUCCCCUGGAGAAGUUCAAGAAACAAGGCGUGUGGAUGUGGUUCAUCAGCCCCAUCCCGGUUCCGCCACCACCGGCGGAGUCCUGGUUGAUGCUGCUGCUGCUGUUGCAAACACCCUUCAGUCUGCUAAGGAUGCUGUUUCCCAAAAAUAACUGCACAACACCUUCAUUAUUACCAUAUGAUUUCGCCAUCCCUUUUUGUGGAGUAGUCUGUUAAUUCUUCUACUUUUGUAUUGUUGCCAUUGAUUGAAUGGUUUUGUUGGUGAUACUCAUUUUAGUCCGUCCAUGUUCCAGUGACAUUUUAUAAUCAAGUAUACUCACUCUGUUUGUUUUGAGAGUAAUUGCAAAUUCUAUAACUUUAUGUU